AUUGUGUGCCAAGACUGAAAUGAUGGGGAGCGAUGAAGACGCGCACCUGUUUUAGAGGCAUUACGGUAGCGCAGUAAACUGUUCGCCAACACACAUACAGACCGGGAGCGUCCUGGUAAUUCAACACUGAUUUCUAAGCGAACUAGCAAGCAACAGACGGGACGCAAAAACCUGAGUUGACGAUCGACACUGGGACCGGUGGACAGGUUAUACGCUCUGAAUAACAGUGAUAAGGCGCAAAACACACGCACGGAGAGGCCGCUAACAAUUCGGGAGAAGCUGCGAUCUUUCUCGCCAUCAACUUCUCCGGGCAGGCAGGCAAGGCAGCGCUGCGCUGCGCACGCUGCAAGAGUUUAGUGGCAGUAUUGUUCUGACUUCACUCAAGAGUGGCCACUCCGAGAGAGGACGGACACAAAAGGGAAAGCAAAGGCAGGAAGGACUGGCGAACACGUUUGUCGUUUUUAGAGUAAUGGUCCGGUGCGAUACCGAUCAUAGAUCCUAGAUUUCUCCUUUUUUUUUAUCUCUCUUUUUUCUUUUUUAUUGUCCCGCCGAUUUGUGUCCCUUUGUCGCCGCGAUAGAGUGGACUCGCCGGGGUAGAGGAACAGAAGCGGGCUGUCCACAUGGUCCAACCACUGGCGUGAAAGUUGACUUCUUCAGCAAACAAGAACAGGUGCCAGUGAUGAUGGUGGAAUCAGCUUCGGAGACCAUUCGAACCACACCGUCCAAUCAGAACGGAGUCAGCAGCCUCACCAGCCAAUCGGACGGAGGGGGAGGUAGAGAAGGAGGGUCCAAUGGGGACACUAAUGGAGAGAUCAGCCCAGUAGAACUACUGCACCUGCAACAGCAACAGCAACUCGGCAGUAAGCAGCUGGCCUUCCAGCAGCAGCUGAUCCAGAUGCAGCAGCUUCAGCAGCAGCACAUCCUCAACCUCCAGAGACAAGGCCUGGUGCCCAUGCAGCCAACCGCCACCAUGCAGUCUCUGCAGCAAGCGAUGUGCCCGUCAGACCUCCAGCAGCUGUGGAAGGAGGUGUCGGGCGUGCCCAGCAGUGAGGAGGCCCUGAAGCAGGGCGAGGGCCUAGACCUGAGCACCAACAGCUCCAACUCUACCUCAGCCUUCCCCAAAGCGGCCAGCGCCCAUAUGCCCCUGCACAGCCUGCCCAACGGACAGGGACACACCCCAAAGAGAGACAGAGCCCGACUGUUCGAGUGGAUCUCCUCCUUCAGCAAAGCAGACAUCGGAGAUGACCACGGUUCACCUUACUCCAAAGUCAGCCAACUUCACAACAGCCAUCAUGAAGAGCAUUCCGGCUCCCAUCCUCUCUAUGGCCAUGGAGAGUGCAAGUGGCCCGGCUGUGAAGCACUGUGCGAGGACAUGGGACAGUUCAUCAAGCAUUUGAACAACGAACACGCCCUCGAUGACCGCAGCACUGCUCAGUGCAGGGUCCAGAUGCAGGUGGUGCAACAACUGGAGAUACAGCUGGCCAAGGAGAGUGAGCGACUGCAGGCUAUGAUGACCCACCUUCACAUGCGGCCCUCAGAGCCCAAACCUUUUAACCAACCUCUGAACCUGGCGUCCAGCGCCUCCCUGCUGAAGCGGGAGAGCGAGGCCUACCCGGAGGGUCUCCCUCACCCCCCCACCUCGGCGGCAGCCCCCAUCACCCCCAUGCGCCAGGGCCCGUCCGUCAUCAGCUCCUCCAGCCUGCACUCCCACUCCCACUCCCACUCCCACCACCCCCACGGCGUGGGCCCCAUACGGAGACGCAACUCGGACAAGUUCUGCACCCCCAUCGCCUCAGAGCUGGCUCAGAACUGUGAGUUCUACAAGAACGCCGACGUCAGGCCCCCUUUUACCUACGCCUCGCUCAUACGCCAUGCCAUACUCGAGGCCCCCGACCGGCAGUUGACCCUCAAUGAGAUCUACAACUGGUUUACGCGAAUGUUCGCUUACUUCAGGAGAAACACAGCCACGUGGAAGAACGCUGUUCGCCACAACUUGAGUCUGCACAAGUGUUUUGUGCGCGUGGAGAACGUGAAGGGAGCUGUGUGGACCGUUGACGAGGUCGAAUACCAAAAGAGGAGACCACCAAAGAUGACAGGAAGCCCCACUCUGGUGAAGAACAUGAUUUCCGGCCUGGGCUUUGGCUCUCUGAAUGCCAGCUACCAGGCGGCCCUGGCGGAGAGCAGUCUGUCCCUGCUCAACCCGUCGCUGGUGAACCCGUCCGCGGCCAGCCUCAACAUGCUGCACGUGGGCCACGAUGAUGUCAGCUCCACCGUGGAGCAGGUGAACAGCAACAGCAGCUGCAGCCCCACGCUCAGCCCCCAGCAGUACAGCCACCAUGUGCAUGUGAAGGAGGAGCCUACUGAAAUAGAGGAGGACUGCCGGCCCAUCUCUCUGCUGGCCCAUGUCACUCACAGCCUGCCGAUGCCUAGCGACGACCGGGACAUGGAGGAGGAUCUUCCUACUGAGGACCUGGAGUAGUGAUUGGUCAGGGCUGGCAAGUAGGGGCGGGACUCAGCGAGGAAAGAAAAAAACAACCGCACCAAAAUCCUGAGCACCCCGCUGGUCUGCUGCUGUGCCAGCGUUGAGCGGUCGAAGAGAGAGAUCGGCUUAAAAAAUGAAAGAGUGAAAAGUUUUUUUUAUGACGAAAAAAGAGAAUGCAAGCAACCAACAGCGACAUUGAGAGACUCGAAACAGGGUUGAAAGUACCUCUGUUAGUUUUCACACGCAAAAACUCUGGGGAAAUGCUUUAACUACAGGCGUUAAGUUUCCUCACCCGACUCAGUCAUGUUAAUGCCACUCAACGUGUGCACUCACACACACACACAAAUCCGCACAUGCACACAAAACACUCAACACAGAAACACACACAGACACAAAGAAACACAGUUGUUCGCACUUGAGCGUUUCCAUGCCUCCUCAUCCUCCUCCUCUUCCUCCUCUCCCUGAUGGAAUCAGCUUGUAACUAGAGAUCGCCUGUUGUCUGGACACACUCUCACUCCCUCUCCCUCCCUCCCUCUCUCUCGCCCACUCCGCUGCGCUCUGCAUCGUUGGGCAGACAGUCGACAAACCACUUUAACUGCUGUCUGUUGGAGGAGCCGCUCUGAUUUUAACUAUUUGAGUGGGGCGUACUGAUGAUGCUGUGGGUGUGUCACACAGGGAGAGAGAGAGAGAGAGGAGGGGGGGGGGAGGGAGAGAGAGAGAGAGAGAGAGAGAGAGAGAGAGAGAGAGAGGCACUCACAGCCAUCAGACCACCUGUACAUACAGUAGAAGGAAAGAGUCAAGAGGGACUGUGCUGUAUACCUCUUCACCAGUUCCCCCUCUUUCAGUGUGUCACUCGCUGUCUUCUAUUUGGUUCAUUCCUUUUGUUUCUUUUCUUUUUAUCCUCUGAUGUGCUUCGAGGCUUUGGGUCUUUUUCUUGCUGUCGGGAGAAAGGAGUGGGAGCAAGGCAGAAAGGAAGCUAGAAGGAAGAGAAGGAAGAAGAAAGUGAGAGAGGGAGAGAAGGAAAGAAGAUGAGCGCUCUCAAAGAUUGCCUCAAACGAGGGGCGUGUGCUUCAGUCGUGGAGCUGGUGGUAACCAACAGAAGGAUACCCCCCAUCCCCCAACCCCCCCACACAGCCCCCUCCAACUGGCCCCUGACCCUUCCACUACUCCCAGACAACGCUGUAUAACGAUGGAUCUUUUCUCCGCUCACCCCACCCCAAAGAAAGACCUGAUCAAUAGGACUAUUCUUGGUGCUGUCCUUUUUAAGUUUCCCCCUCUGUCUGCCGAAGUGAUGAUGACCAUGUAAUGUUCUGAGAGACCCGAGAGAGAGAGAGAGAGAGAGAAGGGGAGUGAAGGAGAGAGGACACCAAGAGGGCGAAGAGAAAGCAUCCACAGAGAUAUUGUGACGAUUAAAAAAACCUGUUGAUUAUAAUGGAAUAUAAAAAAAAAAAAAUGUGGUAGCUUUGCCAUUUUUCUUUUCUUAACGUGUUACGACCUUGAUUUUUUUAUUUUUUUUGAGGAUCAACAUUUCCAUGGUGACAUUCUGUUUUUUAACAUAGCUUUUUAAAAGAAUGCUAGGUUGUUGUUUUUUUAUUUGUCGUGUAUUUGGAUUCCAUGUUUUGUUUUCUCUGCUUGUUCACACCAUUCCAAAUGAGUAUUGGCAGGAAAGAAAGCGCAGUAUUGUUCCUUAUUUCAGCCCCUUCCCAACCUACCUACUUCUGUACCCCCAAGCGUAGCAGGCAUGAAUUUGGAAAUAGCACUUAAAGUUGCCAUUAUCCAGACAAAAAUAUUUAAAUGUUCAUUUCUUUCCUAUCUUUUAUUUCAUUUUCUUCCUUAUUUGCUUUUUUGUGUAGUUUAGUUGAGGAACAUCAGUAAUGCUUUAAAAAGAAGUCUAUAUAUAUUAUUAUUAUUGCGGUCAGAGAAUACCUCAUCCCACAAAGGUUCUGCCCCUAAACUGUGUCCAAAUUGUUAAAGAAAUAAGGGAGAACUCUUUCCGUGGGACACCAAAUGUGGCGACUCUGCUCAGCUUGGGUUUCAAAGCUCUAUGGUUGUAAUAGUUACUGUGUAGAAGCUGUCUGCAAUUCACUGUGUGAGUUUGUGUCAAAGGAAUAGCAUGUGAGAUUUUCUUUCUUAUUAUUAUUUUUUGUUCGCAUUAGCGUGUUACUUUCCUCUACAGUGCCAUACCAAAUCAAACGUUUUCUUUCCCGUCUUAUUUUUGUUACAGGUAACCAAAGAAAUGUGUAGAAAAACCAAAAACCCUGUAUUUUAUGUUCCCCUUAUGAUUUUAUUUCUUUAUGUUUUGUUUUUACGGAACUGGCCAAAAGACAACCAACUGGUAGUUUGAGUUCUUAUUAAUGUGUUAUCAUGUAAUUAUUAUGUUGGAAUUAUUCAUUACUUACAGCGCUGACCAUUCCGAAAACCAAAGUAUGUAAUGCAGACUAAACAUUUUGGUGACAUCAAAGCUUUUACGUGGCGAUUGGUUUUAGGGAAUAACUCACAUUAGGACUGAGACCAAAAAAAAGAAUUACAAAAACGAAUUACAAAAAAAUAACAGUAUUAGUUCUGACAGCUUUUACGGAGAGAAGUGAGAAAAAAAGAUUUAAAAAAAAAGCAAAGCACUUCAAGGUGAAACCGAGUCUGUCCCAUGCUCAGGCUAAACCGUGUUCCAAACACAACACUAAGAGAGGCCCUGAGCAGCCUAAACACUGAGGCACUCCUGGCACACUUGAAUGCAACAUUUAUUUUACUUUUGCAAAACCUAUGAUGCCAGCAAAAGAAAUGACAAAUACGAAAAAGUACAAUAUUUGUCAGGAUUAUUAUAUUUUUCCGUGUGCUGUAGUUAAACAUCAUACCGUAACUCCUUAUUUAACUCAAAUACUUCAAUAUAAUGUCAAGGAAAAUCGUCAAUGGUCAACCGAUGUUAAAGGAAAACAACCAAGGGAAUUCAUGGGAAUUAACGCUGGGAAUGUUUUUUGUUUUGGAUAACUUUUGCACUUGGGAAGGUUUUCUUAUUAAAUGAAAGAACUGUUGUGAAGACAUUGUGUUCGGACAGGGCUGUUUCCUAUGACACCAGAGACUGAUUUCUAACCAAGUACAAAGUGGCAGACAGGACAUCUUGAAAUAAGAUAUAAACCAAAAAUAGCACUACCUCCUUUUACAAAACCGUUCAAUACAUAGCCAGAGGAAAACUCUCUUAACAAAGUAAUUUUUUCCACCAUUUAUUUUUUGUUUCUUAAUAAUAACGAAUACCAAAAUUGUUGUUACACUUACUGUAUGACUGAAAAAAAACAGAACAGAGACACAAUCUGGAUUCCCUAACGCUAACUGCUUGAGCCUGAAAAACAAAGAGACGUUUCACUUUUCAUGGAGUAAAAAAAAUAUGUCUACCUCUCCUUUCACCACAUCUAAAGCACUCUCUAGGUCCCGGCGUGUUGUGAAGUGGUCAACAUAUUUUAAAGGCUUACUCUCAGCGCUAUCAUGUUGACCAUCUCUCGCUCUUUCUCUAUCUCUCUCCUUCAAUCUCUCUCUCUCUCUCUGUUUCUUUCUCUCUCUGCGCCCCAAUUAUCACCGAGCUCUGUGAGCAGCUCCCUAAUUGUGCACUCAGAAAACACAUGCGAGCAUGUUGAUGAGCAGGCCCUGUGAAUAGCCAAUAGGAAACCCUGGCUGUUGUGACCGGUGACUCAGUGCGGCUGGUCGUGAUGGUGUGUGUGUGUGUCGGGGGUGGGGUGGGGGGCUAAUGACGGGCAGAAUAUAUUAGUGCCACAAGGAUAUACAAUACACACACAUGCACAUAAACCGCACAUAUAGUGAGUACAGACGGGAUUUGCCAGGCACAGACACAAGCAGCGGGGAGACUGGCCACCCGAACGAGAGAGAGAGAACAUCCAAAGACACUAACGGAAGCAGUCACAGAGAACAUGCUGGAACAACAAAACUUAAUGAUCGGCUUACAAAACACUCACCGAGAGACACAUGCUGCGUACAGUACAUAGACGUUCUCUGACUCGUGCUUUAAGGUACACCUGUAAACCAAGCUGUUUUAUAAAAAGAUUAUAGAUUGACGUGAGUCAAUGGUGUUCACAGGUUUGCCAUCAAACACUCCUAUUUCCUUCUCCAGCUUAGCAUAACAUGAUGUAUUCUUGUAUAUUAACUCUCUCCAGGGCAUUUUUUCCCCCCACUUUUCUUCUUUAUGAUUUCUGUUCUUUAUUGGGGGGGGGGGUUGUUUUUGUUUUCCCCUGCUCCCGUUUAGCUAUUGUAAAGCUUCCAGCUCUGAUUCCUAUACUGUACUGCUAUUGCUGAAGUAUAUGUAUUUAUCAUAUUACGUGCUGCAGGUAUCUUGGUUUAAGUUUUGUUUGUUUAUUUUCGUUGCCAUUUGUUUUCCAUUUUUCAGUUUGUUUCAAAAAAAAGAAAAAAACGUCUGGGACGCUGAUUUUUUAAGUGUAUUAUCUCAAAAAAAUUAAAAGAGUAAAGUUAGAUCAGUGGUUUAGGUAACACCUGUUUGUAUAUUUAUCUUAGCUAGGUCUAUUUUGAUACUUUUUGUCUCUGUACUGCAUUUAUGCAUUUUUAAGGAAAGACAAAAACAAUGGAAAACAAACUAAAGAGUUACUUCGUUAUGUAAUGAUACCUCAGAAGGACUUUCUCCUCAAAGACAGGACCAAAACCUCCAAACAAGGCAAAACGAGAAAGAGGAAAAUAAUGUUAGAAUAUGUAGCCCCCUUUUCUGCUCGAGGGAAAUAAUGGCGCUAUGUAAACCUAUGACUGUUGGUCCUUUCAGGUGCCAAUAGGUGUCCAUGCUCCCUGUGAUCCCGCCCCCUGACCACCUCAACCCUGUCAUUCCUGUGCUAAACUCUGACCCGCAGAGCUGUCAAUCACCCACAGGUGCAAUGGGGAGGUUAUCAUCGAGUCUGGUUUGCAGCGACGAGUCAUAAGCCUCAUUUGGCAGUCCCUUAGAGCUAUUUAGGGACCAACACUGUUGCAUUUUUGAUAUUCUCCACACUCUCUCUCUCUCUCACUCACUCACUCUCGCUCUCUCUCUCUCUCUCGCUCGUAUACAUUAGAUCAAUACCAAAAUGUGGUACGGCUUUUAGAAACGCAGCAUCAUCCUCUCGACUACCAAAGGCAUUGAGAGAAACUGUUGCUAACUCCAAACUUGUGAACUUAUAACCAAACUGUAAAACCAAACCAAUGCCACUAACGUAACCAAACGAAGCCAAGCCACUUCCAAAACCCUCCAUCCACUUUGCUCACGCCGCUAGCCCUCAUCCGCCGUGCGCCAGCCACUCCCUCUAGCCCCCCCCCCCCCCCCCCCGUGGGUGACCGCCUCGCGGGACACGUGGACCCACAAAACCCCUGCUGUGUGAUUGGACAGUUCUGUGGCGUCGUCCUUAACGAGAAGGGGUCGAGGGACUCUCAAAACGAAGCAUUGCCUGACGGUAUUAGCAAGUAAGAAUGGCGGGAAUCCAAUGGAACUACCACUUCAGCUCUCCUUGGGUUCGUCCUUGGGAAAGUGUGUAUAUUUACAGCAGUGACGCUCUGUAUCAUUUCCUAGUUUUUCUGUUGACCUGUUUUCUCCCUCUCUCUUUUAGCCUAUUUUUUUGAUUUUAUUUGUUCUGUUUUAUUUUUUUUUUCCAUUUUGUUUGAAAGUGUGACCCGGGUCAGGAGGCCGGGGGCAGCGGGCGGGGUGGUGUUUUAGACGGAUGACUCCCGCCACCCUAUACCCCUCUGCAACCCCCCACCCUUGGGGGGCCAUGUAAUGCCAGUCACUGCCCUUUUCCUUCAUGCUGUAUAAAGAACACACACAUAUAUCUGUGUAUUUGUAACCUGAAUCUUCUUGUGUCUGUCCAUGCAGACAAUAAAAAAACUGUACAGUAGGUCUAGUUGCAUGUAAUCUGUACUAAUUAUUGACAAUGGCAUUAUAAAAUGCAAUAAAAUACUUAUUACACUGUC